AUGGUUUCCCUGCUUCUGCUGUGUGUGUCCUUGCCCCUUGUAUGGGCGACGACGUCAUUUCAACACCAUGACGGCUUGGAUGGCAAACUGCGUGUCAGCAUCCCACUGGAGGUCCCGCUCCGCCCCCUGCUGGGCGGCAAGGUGGUGGUUCCCUGCUACUUCCAGGACAACACCGCCGGCGACCCGGGCGCCCCAACGCCCGCCCCGCUCUCCCAUCGCAUCAAAUGGACCUUCAUCACCAAGGAAAACAUCACCACCAUCCUGGUGGCAUCGGAGGGCAAAGUCCACAUCGAGUCGGAGUACAUGGACAAAGUAACGAUGAUCAACUACCCGCUGGUGCCGACGGAUGCUAGCCUGGAGAUAACAGAGCUAAGGUCCAAAGACUCGGGCGCUUACCGUUGCGAGGUCAUGCAAGGCAUUGAGGACAACUACGACACCGUGGAACUGCAGGUUCAGGGUAUUGUGUUCCACUAUCGAGCUAUCACCACCCGGUACACCCUCACCUUUGAGAAGGCCAAGGCAGCUUGCAUCCAAAACAGCGCCACCAUUGCCACCCCAGCCCAACUGCAGGCCGCCUAUGACGAUGGAUACCACCAGUGUGAUGCUGGAUGGCUGUCUGAUCAGACUGUCAGGUACCCCAUCCAUUAUCCUCGGGUGGAAUGUUACGGAGACAAGGAAAACUUUCCCGGUGUGAGAACCUAUGGAGUUCGAGACGUCAACGAGACUUAUGACGUGUACUGUUUUGCAGAGAAGAUGGCAGGCAGAGUCUUCUACUCCAUGUCGGUGGAGAAGUUCACUUUCGACGAAGCUGAGGAUCAGUGCACCAAACUGGGUGCCAGACUUGCCACCACCGGCCAGCUUUACAUGGCCUGGAAGGGCGGCAUGGACGUGUGUAACGCGGGCUGGUUGCGCGACAGGAGCGUACGAUACCCCAUCAACAUUGCCAGACCUCAAUGUGGAGGUGGGCUCCUUGGGGUCAGGACGGUCUACCUAAACCCUAACCAGACGGGAUACCCGCUUCCGAGCACUCGUUACGAUGCUAUCUGCUUUCAAGGUAGCGAUGAUGAAGGUGCCGUUCCUGGAAGGACCACUCCUUUCCCAGACAUCAUGAGCAUAACACCGGCCCCUGGAGUUUAUCCGGGCUUCACAACCACACCUGGAGGUCAGGAGAUCAAGCAUGGAGGGGUGGACAUUCUUACCAAGCCCAUCUCACCUCCGUUUACGGACGCUGCCAUGGCUCCCACCGGUGUGGUGUUCCACUACCGACCUAUUACUGGUCGGUAUACUCUGACCUUUCUGGAAGCCCAACAAGCCUGCGAGAGUAUUGGAGCAGUCAUCGCCAGCCCCUUGCAGCUUCAGGCAGCCUUUGAGAAGGGCCUACACCAAUGUGAUGCUGGUUGGCUUAGCGAUCAGACAGUCAGAUAUCCCAUUGUGUCACCUCGGGAUAAUUGCGCGGGUAAUCUACUGCACCUUCCUGGAGUCCGAUCCUAUGGCGUGAGGCCAGACUUUGAGCGUUAUGAUGUGUUUUGUUACGUUGAACGUCUGCAAGGUGAGGUCUUCUACACUAGCGACUACGACAGCUUCUCUUUCGAGGAGGCUGUCCAGCACUGUGAGAACCUCAACACCACGCUGGCCACCACUGGACAGAUGUACGCUGCCUGGAACCAAGGCCUUGAUAAGUGCCGCCCAGGCUGGCUGAUGGACCGCAGUGUCCGGUAUCCUAUCACCACCUCCAGAUCCCUCUGUGGGGGUGGUCAGGUGGGCGUGCACAUUAUCUAUGCCUUCCCAAACCAGACAGGAUUUCCUGAUGAGCACUCACGCUAUGAUGCCUAUUGUUUCAAAGCUGAAACAACCACCACUGACACGGACACGGAAUCCAUUUUCGACAAGUUACUGACAGUGGAUGUUGUCAGCAAAACAACUGUUGCAGUUGAUCAUGCCCUUCCAACUAUUGAACCGACCACGACCUACAACGACACUGAAAUAAGUGUAAACAUCACAGAAAUAGAAGAGGUUAUCCAGAUGACAAACACCUCAACCCAUCUAACUAUUCCAACUGUCCUAAUUGAUGCUUCUGCCUCUGGAUCGGGUGAUCAUUCAGCCAGUGGGGAUAUGUCUGGAGAGUCCAGUACCACCAGCGGGAGCGGAGCCUCUGGUUCAGGACUGGACAUCACCUUCAGUGGACACACGGACAUCCUGUCAGGAGACCAUUCCGCUUCCGGUGAUCCACAAGGAGCCGAGGGUGGCAGUGCAAUUUUCACCUCGGGCGACUCCGAAAGCACAUCGGGAUCAGGAUCUGGUUUUGUUGGAUCAGGUUCAGGUUCAGCCAGUGGCAGCAGAGACAUUAGUGGCAGUGGUGAUGACAUUCUGAUCAAUGUACUGGACGGAAAAGAAAAAGAACUGGUAAUCCCAACCCUCACUGAGCAGGAGUUAGGCAGUGGAGUUUUGUGGACUUCAGGAAUGUCCGGAUCAGGAAGCAUUUCCGGAUCAGGAAUCAUGUCUGGAUCAGGAGAUAUGUCCGGAUCAGGCAGUGGAAUUUCCGGUAUCUCCUUUACGGACAAUGGUGCCAUUGACCUUACAAUUAAGCAAUUGGGAGAGCAAGAGCUGUAUGGAUCCACAGAAAUGUCUGGAUCAGGAUUUAUGUCCGGAUCAGGCUCCAUAUCCGGAUCGGGCAGUGGAUUUUCUGGUAUCAUCUUUACAGACGAUGGUGCCAUUGACCUGACAAUUCAGCAAUCAGGAGAGCAGGAGUUGUAUGGAUCUGCUGAAAUGUCUGGAUCGGGAUCAAUCUCUGGAUCCGGCUUUUUGUCGGGAUCAGGCAUCGAAGGAUUUUCCGGCAUCUCCUUUACAGACAAUAGUGCCGUUGACUUAACAGUCCAGAUAUCAGGAGAGCAAGAGUUAUCUGGAUAUCAUCCCUUUUCGUCAGGCUCUGCAAGUGGCUUUUCAUCUGGUGUUUCAGGCAGCGGUUCUGCCUCUGGCCAGCCAUUCCACACGGACGGGGGUGUCCUCUUUAUAACAGAUGACCGGAUAAAGGAAGUUACUGUUUCUACUCAAGAACACCGUCCAGAAGAGGGCCGUGGUGUUGUAGAAAUCAGCGGCCAAGAAAGCGGUUCUGGAAUCCACCUUCAAAUCUCAGGCAGUGACAAGCCAUCAGCUACCGGGGUUUCUAUAGGUUUUCCUUCUGGAUCUACCACGGCUUACCCAGACUACAAUGGUCCAUCAGGGUACGAGGAAGAAGAAACAGUCCUCGUCCUGACUCCCGAACCUGCCUACGUCAACCCGACAACUGCACCGUCGAUCUCAUUAGCAACACCCCCGGUUGUGGAGCAGCCAGAAGUACAAGAGGCUGUGCAUAGUUGUCCCGAGGGCUGGUUGGAGUUCAUGGGAAGCUGUUACCUUCACUUCACCGACAGACACACCUGGUCAGAUGCUGAGCAGCGUUGCCAGGAGCUUAACGCCCACCUGGUCAGCGUCAGAUCUGAAGAGGAGCAGCAGUUUCUCAACUCCAAAGGUCAGGACUAUGAGUGGAUAGGUCUCAACGAUAAAGAUGUACAGAAUGAAUUCCGCUGGACAGACGGCAGCGCUCUGACAUAUGAAAACUGGAGGCCUAACCAACCUGAUAACUACUUCAAUUCCGGGGAGGACUGUGUGGUGAUGAUUGGCCACGAAGGAGGCCAGUGGAACGACGUUCCCUGCAACUAUUACCUUCCCUUCUCCUGCAAGACACAACCUGCUGGUUGCGGAGCGCCUCCAGAGGUGGCGCACGGCUCACCGAUGGGCGUCAUCCGAGAUAAUUAUGCUGUAAACUCCAAAGUGCGGUACCAGUGUCAAGCGGGCUACACGCAGCGCCACCUGCCUGUCAUACGAUGUAUGGAGAACGGACAGUGGGAGAGGCCACAAGUGGAAUGUAUAGAAAAUGGCGGCAACAGGCUACACAAAAGAUCGGUGAAGAACAGAAGUCGAGGAGUCACCAGCCGACAGGAGCACAGAAAAACGCUCUGA